UCGGACACUCAGCUUGAAACUCCUGGUCCUCAGGGUCAACAUGCAGGUCUGGAAAAAGUCAGGCUCAUUUUCUCUGAUAUAGAUUAGAUUCGAUUUCUGUAGCACUGAACAGUUUUAGAGCAAGGAGUGUCGGUGACACUCGCAUCACACUGCAGCUCAUGAGAGUCAGGAGGUGUAGUCCAAAGCUACAUCUUUGAUUUGAUAUACACACAAGGGCACUGAACCCUGAGCCCCAUAAACAAGGGGAUGGAUUCCCUUAUUGCAUUUCGCAUAAUAUUUUCAUAAGUAGAAAUUCCAUUUUACACCAAAAGUCAUUUUUUAUGCUUUCUUGCACUAGUAGAGGAAAUCUAAUGUGCAGAUAUCUGUAGAUAUAAUAAACAUGCAUCAGUGUAUGUAUGUAUAUGACACAUAAAGUUUAUUAGUGCAACGGGAUUUGGAUUUUAGUCGACACCAGAGCCCUUGCUGCUGCAGUAGACUACAGACUUAAAUAUCACCCAUGUGCUAUUACGAUGUUGGCCAUACAUCGUAAAAUAGAGUAUGAAUAUUGUAUUUUGUGGGGUUUCUCAUUUAAAACUAUGACCAUGCUAUGGAAGAUGAUGUUAUUUUAUUUUAAAUAGCUGCUCUGCAUGCUGCUAGUGUCCAGUGUAUAGGCCACUUUGAUUACAGUGACAGUGUGUCAGUGCUCCUAACUGAAUGAGGGCUAAUUAAACUUUAAUUAUAAUAAUACUCACUUUUAAUUAUGACAAUUUUAAUUAUCAUUAAAUCCUCUUUAGAUCAGGGUUAUUUGCAUAGAACUACAGUCUGUACUGUUGGAUUGUGUCCCCAUAGCUGAGAGCCCAUACCAUAAGCGCUUAAAAAUAUUCUAAACAAAGUAAUAAGGUGAUUUAGAAAAAGGUAAAAGAAGAAAUGGUGGGGGUUUGAAUCCAUCCAAGAUGAAAAACACUGAUAAGCACUACACCAGGAAACGCAGUGUAAUAUACACAAAGCAAGAGGAAAAACCCAGCGUGUGUUUAUAAAAGCUACUGUGCAAUGCAAAGAGGCUUAAAAAGUCUAAAAAUACAUCUCAUACUCUAAUGUUAGUUUAUUCACACAGGUUUUAACAGACAUAAUUCAGACUAGUGAAUAAAUAACGUAUUGGUGAUUAUAAGUUGAAUCAUCUUUUUUUUUUUGCGUAUAAUACACACAUCGACUGCAGAACUGUGUUUUGGUUAAUUUGCAUUUCGGUCUUUGGAACAUCAUGGAAAGUGGCACAGAACAAAGUAGGAAGAGCAUGAACAAAGAAAUAGCUGUGAAUGUGAAACUUAUCUGAGUUUCAGGAAAGACAGCAGACGCCAGACAGAGACACCAGAGCACCUUUACCGUCACUAACAGUUAUGGGUUCAUCUGUGCACUUCCUUCUGCUUUUCUCAGGUCACUUUAAGCUUUUGUUAAUCUGUAAAAGUCUCAUCUGUUUCAUUAUCAUACUACUCAGCUCAUGAGAGAUUCUUAUCCCAGCAGGACUGUGGGCUCUCGCUUUAUGUGCAUCUCGUCAGUUUUAUGUGGUGAACACAACACUGAACUGGGCCGAAGCUCAGCAAUACUGCAGAGUGAAUUACACUGACCUGGCCACCAUCGAGAACAAAGAUGAAAUGAAUGCUGUAAAGGACGUUCUUAACGGGAGAGAAGAACAUUUCUGGAUUGGACUGAAGCAGGUUAAUAGCACUUCCUCGACUGGUAAUGACAAGAGGUCCUGGGUCUGGUCAGAUAACACUCAGUUCUCAUACGAGUACUGGAAUGAUAACGAGCCAAACAACAAUGGGACUGAAAACUGUGUGGAAAUCCUGAAAGCAAGUGAAAAGAAUAAAUGGAAUGAUGCAGAAUGCCAUUACAAGAUCAGAUCUGUCUGCUAUAAAAAACGAACUCCACUCAUCGUGAUUGCUGAGAAGAAGACGUGGAAAGAAGCCCUGAAGUUCUGCAGACAGAAUCACGUGGACCUGGUUUCUGUUUACUCGCAGGAAAUGCAGGACUGGGUGGAAGUAGUCACUAAAAAUGCUUCCACUAACAUGUGGAUUGGCCUGCGUCACACCUGCGCUCUGGGCUUCUGGUACUGGGUGAGAGGAGAGAUGAUCUGCUACCAAAACUGGGCUCCAGGUAACGGAACCGUGGAGGAUUGUGGUGAUGUGGAGAGAACCGGAGCGGUGCUGUCUGAGAGUAAGAAGUGGGUCAGCCUGCCACAGACUGACGAACUCUCCUUCAUCUGUAUCACCUUCUAGUGGAGGCUACUAGAAGUGGACGCAUGGAAUUCAGCUGGAUCCUCGUAGUUCAGGACCAGACAUUUCUUUCUCUAUUUGCAAGUACAACAAUUAAUUGAUGAAUUUCAGAAUAAUGUUGAGUUUCUUUAUGGUGUUGGUGUUGGUCUUAUGGUGUAUGGCUUUUACUCCAAAAUAGCUAUUUGUAUCUUUACUGUUAGCUCUGUUAGCUACUAAAACUAGACUAUGUGAGGCUUUUUGUUCCCAUGGGCUUUGUUUUAUUAGCAGUAAUAUGUUGCUUAGCUG